GCUGUCACCGGGCGCUCGCAUCAUGGGCAGCUCUGAGGAGACAGACUGGGUUGAUAUUGCCAAUGAUCUUUUGAGGAGUUGUCACAUAAACCAGCACAUAAAGCAGCUCUCAGAAUGUGGUGCUGAUGUGUUCGUUCGUCUUUAUGAAUCAAUUUUAGGAGAAAAAGUACCAGAUUUCAUAGCUACUCCUAGAAGCCAAGAGGAUGAUGCACAUAAUAUACAAGCAGUAAUAGAUUCUCUGGCAUUGGACUACUUGCAGGUCAGCUUGUCACACAUCACUGGUGAGAACAUUGUGAAAGGAGAAAGGGAAUCGAUCAGAAACCUCCUUGAAAUAUUUGAUGGUUUGUUAGAGUAUCUUACAGAAGAAGUCAGUGAAGCCUCUUUUCAGAAUGGAGAUGAUGCAAAUUUUCUAUCUAAUAACAAAAUUCAAAAUACACCUCAAGAACAAUUGGAAAGUAAUGUUGGUGAACUUACGCCGCCCUCAAAACUCUCAUCAGUUAAAGGGUCCCAGUCAGAAACCUUUGUUCCACCUUGUAAUGUGGGUGAAUCAGGAUCUACUAAUGAACCAAUCAGACUCGGGGAUCCUGUUCAAUCGGUUUUUGAGAAAGAGGAAGGAUCAAUGGAGUCUGUUCACACUGCUGAAUUUAACAAAGAGAGUUUGAGUGCCAGUGCUAAAAAGCUUGGGGAACCUAUACGCCAAGCUAUUCCUUUGCUACCACCAUUUCAGCCUUCUGAAACUAGACCUCAUUAUCCUGUGGGGGUAAAUUAUCAAAGUUCAGACAGCCAGUCAGCAACUUUGGUUAACAGCCAAGGAUUGGAAACUCCUACACCUGAGGCAUCACUUGUCCAAAAAUCUGAAGGCAUUUCUGGUAGUGUUCCCCUGUCAAGGAAAAUCCCUGUGGGAGACAAGGUGGUCUCAAAUGGUGCUGAGGAGAAUCUGGCAAAGGUUCCUUGGGUAUAUGGAACUUCCACAUCCGCUUCCCCCUUACACGAGGAACUCUCACUAGGCACUGAACAAGAAACACAAACACCAGGACCUGAAUCAAGACACUUGGCUAGAAAGAAAAGAUAUGAAAACUUUCUCACAGAUUCAUUUGAAGAAGAGUUUGUUUCCCCCAGAAAGACAAAAGAAAAGUUAUCUGAGCAAGAGCUACAUGAAAUAUCAGAAAAACUUUCUCACAGAUUAAAUGAACUAGAUUUAAUGUUAAAGAGAGCUUUGAGUGAGCAUACCAGAGAAGAGUUGACAGAUGAAGACAACCUUUCUCAGCACAGUGACAGUGUCAUGGAUUAUCGUAGAAGGAAAGCUCAGCUAGAUACACCAUAUCUAAAAAAGUACCCAAACAGGCCACGAUCUCUUUCUCCAUCUUCACCUCCAUCUCGGCAUCAACUUUCUUUGGAGUUGCAAGAUAGGUUUUAUAGAGGUGGAAAAGGCCAGAUGGGGAAAAUACGCAGCCAACUGCAGAAAGAAAUGGAUGAAAAAAGACUAAAAGCAAAGCUUGUAACUAAAGCCUAUGAAGAUGAAUUAAGAAUUUAUGAAGCUAGAGAGAGGCUUAGGCUCUCCAAGCUCAGAGAAAAAGCCAAGGAAAUGGAACAAGAAUACAAAGAAAACAUCUUUAAAGAACCUCCAAAAAUGCCUCAGCCAGUGAAAGUUUAUUCUAGAAAAACCACACCUCGGAAUCCCAAAUACAGCCAGUGGAUUCCAAAACGAGGGACUACGAAGCCAAAGAAAGCAGCUCCAAUGAAAGUAAAAGAUGAUGACCUCCUAUUUCUGCUACUGGAAGAAUUUCCCCACCUGCAUAUUUCCCACCAUACCAUGAAUAAAAUGUGGCAGCAGCAGCUUGCACAGAUUGAACAACUUAAGGCAGCUUCUGGCAAAGAAAAAACUAGAGUGAAACUCCAAAAUGAAGUUCAACAAGCCCUGAAAAAGCAUGAACUUCUUGUUGACAUCAUUAAAAAAGAUCAAGAUCAUAACAAGAGACUGCAAGAAUUUAAGCAACGCAUCUAUCGACAGAAAUGGGCUCAAAACAAAGUCAGAGAGAAACGCCAGCAAAUUGCUCGAGCCAGGAAAUACUAUGAAGAUUAUCGGGUUCAGUUGCGUGCCAAGAUGAUGAGGGCCAGGACACGGGAAGAAAAGAUAUUCAAAAAACUUUUUGAAGAAGGCUUAGAAAUUCAGAAGCAAAGACUGAAGGACUUGAGAACAUAUGCUCAAGAGAAACGUGCUGAGCAAAGGAGAGAACAUCAGAAUGAGGUGGAGUCUAUGGAGAACUAUUACAAAGACCAGUUUUCCAUGCUAGCAGAAGCUUUAUCUCAAGAACGCCAAGAAAUCCAAACCAGAGAGAAAGCACAAGCCCAAAUGCUGCGGAAAACAAAAAGAGAACUGAGAUCAAAGAUGGAAAAGGAAAUUCAGCAACUGCAGACAAUGAUAAUGCAAAAUGAUGAGGAUACCUUUUUUCAAGAACUGGAAGCAGACAGACUGAAAUCUAGACUUCAGAUGGCUUCCUUUCAGUACAGCAAAAGCUCAUCCUUUUAGGACUUGUGGUAAAUAUCUCUGCAGUUCUCUUUCUGGGUAAGAUGAGGGGAAUUCUUAAGAGAACUGCCAUAACUGGAUGGUGUGUAGCUACUAUGCUGUGAAGUACCUGUCUGUCAUCUUGACAUGUCAAAGAUACAGAGCACUUUUAUGAUAACCAAUAAAAUUUUACCUUUUUUACAAGACUGGGAUAAUGUUGAGUUUAACGUGUAGGUAAGGAGGAAAGUCAAUGUGUUUCAGUGAAGCAAUCAAAGUGAUUACUUGUGUAACAGUUAAAUACUGAAACACUUACACUGUUGUGUUGGUUUUAUUGCUUAAGUAAGUUUUAAGAAAAAAUAAAACACUCUUAACUAGAAACAAUUAGAUUGAAAAGCCACUGAGGACAAAAAGAACUUUAAAACAUUGUUGGUUCAAGUUUCUGUUGGAAGGGCUAAUUAGAGAGUGACUACAAUGAAAGUGACUAAAGAGUAACUUUUAUUAAAACAAUGGAGGGCUCCCUGUUCUACACAGUGUUUAAAUUUGUGAUUAAGAUGCUGUUUUGUGUGUGUUGGCUGUUUAUAGCAAAGCACAUAAAAUACUUUAUGCUAUGAACGCACUUGGAAAAUUUGAAAUAGAAAACAAUGAAAAUUAUAAUUUGAUAAUUAAGCUACAAGAACUGAAGCCUUGGAGGGGCCUGUAGACAGCACUCCUAAUUAUUGGGCAGGGCGUAUGAAUAUCAUUCCUAACUCUCAGCAACUUUUUUGCAGUUACUACUGGGAGGAGCUGAAAGUUGUGUUUUCAAAACUACAUAAACUCAGACAAACAUGCAGUGUUUUACUUCAGUUGAUCUAUUUCAAAAGGGAGUCAUGCUAAUGCUACAUUACAAACACACAGGCAAUAACAGCUUAUCAAAUAGAUUACCAUAUUGUGUUUUAGAGUUACAUGAUUUGGACUAAAGCAAUCCUGUAAGACUGUAGUUGCAUUUAGCUUUCUCAAAAAUAUGUACUUUUUAAUUUUUAGGAUAGGGUAGAUUAGUGCUAGUUCUGUCAGCGUAAGAAGUUGAAGAAAACAGAUAAAUCCCAAAAUUCAACUUUUAGCUCUGUUAAAUCAGAGGGCUAGCAGAGGGCGUUGAGAAGAGGUACUGUACCUAUCUUUGCAGAAUCAUCUACUGCUAUGAAAAUAUACAGUCCAGUAGAAAAUUCAGGUUUCAGCUGGAACUCUUCAGCAGCCAUGCAUUAUGGGUCCUAAGAAAUGCAAAUAUGUAAUGGUGAGUAUUUAACAGACUGAGCAAAUUACUAAUUAAGAGAAGAAAACAUACCAGUAAUGAGCAUUACUAAUCAUCAGUUUGUCUUUAUGUAAAACCCACUACUGGUAUAUUCUGCUUGACAGAAUUGGACACCUUAGUUCCUCAGUAAUGAGGAGAGAAUAUUUAGCAACUAAUUUAAAACAAGCUCCAGUAGAAGAGUUCUUGCUUAAAAUGGCUUUCUUCCAUAUUGGAUGGAGUGUGCAAAGCGAUAUAUUUAUAUCAGAAUUCUAUACUAUGCAUAUACAACAGUAAAACCCUGCCAUGAGGUGGUGUCUCUAAUGGAACCAGCAACAAACUCCAUGGAUUAAAGUCUCAUGCAUGUUUUUAAAAAAAGUGCUAGGCAGAAGAGAACAGCAGCUGGAGAUGCUUCCUUGACAGAUUAAACAAAACAGUUGGUAGUUAGAACAUGAUAUACUGCACUUAGACUUGCUUUUACGAGUGAGUGAGUGUGUGUUUUUGUUCUCACAACCACUUCCAAGGAGUUGCUAUAAAACAGGCUAAUUCCAAGCUAAGUUUAUUACAUUUAACGAUUGUUCACUAAAUUUACCUUACCUUUUUUUUCUUCCUCUGAGGAAGUGGGUUAGCUUUGCUGAAUUUUGAGAGAAGACAUUCGUUUGCUAACAGUGAGAUGGUCUUCUCUGGGACAUGGGUAUCCCACCCACGACAUGAAAGUUGUACGCAAAAGGCACCUUUUCUGUUUUACCAGGACACUUAGCACAAUCCUUAAGGUAUGUAACAACAUGUAGAAAGACACCAGUAGUUUAAGUAUCUUCUCCUGUAACAAAGUUGAGUUACUCAAAACUCCUGAUGUUACAUUUUAAAGUAAAUAUUAAAUAAAAAAAAACUUAACACUUUUUAAACCAUUGAUGCUGUGAGUGUGCAAACAGCAUACAAUUUAUUGCUCAACUUCUGCAUGGGUACAUACAUUAAGUAUUUAAAAACCAUUUUAUACAGAUUUUUUUUGUUGUUGUUAAAGCUCAUGUAACAGCUGGGUGAAAAUACAUUGAUAUCAAUGCUAAAACUCUGUAAUAAAUACAAUGGAAAAGAUAAACUAAGAACAGUCAGUUUGUGGAGGAGCAAUUACACUUGUAUAAACUAAUUACGACUACAGACAAAGCUCUAAGGAUGUGGUAGAGCUAGAAACCUACUAGAUAGUGUAAAGUACAACAAAUGGCACCUGUUAACUAUAUGGUGCAGUUUAAAAUCUGAAGCAACUGGAGCAUGCUACAUUAAGCUGUAUAAUGCAUACUUAUGAUAUAGAAGCAAAGCUUUUACUUCCAUCAAUGCAGCCAGUUUAAACGCACCAGAAGUUUAAUACAGAUGUAGUGUUGUAGAACAAGAACUUAAAAACAGGUUGGUGUGCUCUGGACUUUAGUACAACAAAAAUUUGGUAAAAAUAAAUCAGUUUAGGGAAACUGAAACUAUGUGCAAAAAAAAAUUAGAAUACAUACUGUACAAAGCACCAUUACAAAACUCUUUACACCGAGAAAUUAAAUCCUCUGAAACUCAA